UCUUGGGCAGGAAAAAUGGCUGAGCACCUCUUCGAGGAUAUCUUCGUCGUCAACAGGAUCGAUCCUGAUGGAAAGAAGUUCGACAGAGUUAAUCGCAUUGAGGCUCGCAGUGAGCAAUUUCAUAUGUACAUGCAGUUAGAUGUCGCUACCUACGUCUAUCCAAUGCAUGCUGGUGACAAAUUCACCAUGGUUUUAGCUCCUACGCUGAAUCUGGAUGGAACUCCAGACACUGGCUACUAUACACAGGCUGGUAGGAAAACACUUGCUGACAAGUAUGACUAUGUCAUGCAUGGGAAGCUUUACAAGAUCUCAGAGGAUAGUUCUGGCGGUCAAGCUGCUAAAGUGGAGACUUAUGCAUCUUUUGGUGGCCUCCUCAUGUUGCUCAAAGGUGAUCCUUCAAGUGCUGCUAACCUUGAGCUGGACCAACGGCUAUUUCUCCUCAUGCGAAAGGUGUAAAUGUAUAUCAUGUACUGGACACUCGAGGCUAUGCUGAGCAUGUGCUCUUUUCAUUACUACUCGUUAUCCGCCCUUAACUCUCUGGGUGGUAAUAUAACUCGAGGGCACAAUGACUCCUGUGUAGUAUCGGCCCUACUAGGAUUACCUGCUUCACAAAUCAUUUACUGGUCCCUAAUUCUUGUUCCACUGGAGCAAAUGAAGCACGUUAUUAGCAAAUGUUAUUGUAGUUUUGCGUCGUCUGUUGCUUUUGAAAGUUAUCAGGUCUGAUUUUGGUACUAAAUCUGGGACAAGUAUUA